UGAGCACUUGCUGAGAGCUUGGUUAAAAGACAUUGCACAUCACCUGACACCAGCACAUUUCUUGCACACCUGAAGCAAUGUUGGGACCUCACAGGAAAUGGGAUGGGCAAGGCAGAGACUGAAAGCAGUUGCUUUCUUCAUGGAUGAACGGCCCUUCAAGCCAGAGCAGCUGCUGGGGAUGGAUCAAGGACUCUUACCAAAGUGUGUUCAAGGGCUUUGAUUACACGAAGAUCAUUGUUGAAGGGUUCUCUAGCAUUCCUAUAGCAAAGGAUUGUAUUUGGGAGACUUCUCCUUUGUGUUACUGUUUGCUCUUGCCUGCAUCCUUUGCUAUUGCUACCUCUUUUCACAGUAGAAGGCAGUGUUAGAAGGUUCAGAAUGCUGUUAAUUGCUGAAGCUGGGAAAUGUGUCACUUCUGUAAGCCCUUAGGUUCUUAUGAAAGCAGAUCACUGAAGCCAUGGGGGUUUUCAGCAAAUUGGGACCAUCCCCAGCUGAAACAAGGAAACUGCAGAGGUGUUGGGAGACUUUGUGGGUGGUGUUUCAGUAGGGUGAGGUGGUGGUGUAGCCUGCUGAUGUAUGCAAAUGCAACAGCAUUCUGAUUUCCUGCAACACUGAGAGAAGCAAAGAGGCUUUUGCAAAUUCAGGGCUGAGUCACGCUCCCAUAUCCAUCAUGACUUUCCCCCCACAGGAUCAUGCUACUGCGGUUCAGUGAUUGCAGACAGAAGGUGUAUCUCUUGUGGGGUCACUAUCCCUAGCCAGAAAGUAGGUUGAUGUGGGAAUUGCCCCAUUGCAGAAUCCCCAAGAAUUACCAUGAAUUUUGUAUCCACUUGACCCUCAGCCCUGCACUCAGCUGCUAAAACAUCAAGGCUUUGCUGCCCUCUGCCCCAGGCUGCCUUUCUCCGGUGUUUAGGAACCUGGUUUGGUGGGUGAUAUUGGUAGCAGGGGAAUCGUUGGACCAGAUGAUCUGGGAGGUCUUUUCCAACCUUAAUGAUUCUGUGAUCAGCGCCUGGCAGGCUGCUCCAGUGGUACCAUGACAACGGCAGCAGAGCUCCAGCGGGAGCACUUGGGCUUCGUGCUCCCACCAUCUGGUUUCAGCAGCCUACGGCUCUGCCAGGCAAACAAUCCAAGCUGAAAUUUUCCAUGUCUGCGGUCUGCCUCAGGUUGUGCUUUAGAGGGGCUUUCUGAGCAAGGUGGAGGGUGGCGGGGCGCUCCGACAUGGUUAAUUGGUUGAAAAGAUUUAUUUUAAGAGAAUAAAUCAUCUGGGAUAGCUCGUGAUCAAGGGAGCGUUUGAUCAGCCCAGUUUCAGUGGAGGAAAAUUUAGUCAGCCCCCACAUGAAGCAUUACUAGGAGGUAUAAGGCUGAGAAUAGGCAGAUAUUCAAUUUUUUUUUUUUCAGCUGCAAGUUUUCCUUCUCUCUCCAGCCCCCCACAUCAGUGCAUUUGUGUCACUAGAGGGUGACACCUUCCUACAGGGUGAUGCCUUUCCUGCCUGGUGGGUGAGGGAAAGGCUGUUGUAGUCUGCCCAGACUUAAGCAAAGCCUUUGACACGGUCUCCCACAGUAUUCUCCUGGAGAAGCCGGCAGCCCAUGGCCUGGAAAUGAGCCAGCAGUGUGCCCAGAAGGGCAAGAAGGCCAACGGCAUCCUGCCUUGUGUCAGGAAUAGUGAAGGCAGCAAGGCCAGGGAGGUGAUGGUGCCCCUGUACUCAGCUCUGCUGAGGCCAUACCUCAAGUACUGUGUUCAGUUGGACGUGGUGCUUAGGGACAUGGUUGAGAUUAGUAGUAGGGGUAUGGUUGGACCAGGUGAGCUUGGAGGGCUUUUCCAGUCUUGAUUCUAUACAGAGCUGGCCUUGGCCCUGUUUCUGUAGUGGCAAUGUUUCUGCCCAUGGUAUUUGGGCUGGAGUUAAAUCUUGUGAGAGUAAUCCAAAGGAGCUGAUCUGGCUGGAAAUGCUAAAACAGAUUAUGGGCUUUCAGCUGACUCAGCUCCUGUGCAGCCCCAGAGCCCUCAAUCGGCCAUACAGGUGCUAUAGGAACACACAGCUGGGUGGGGGCCUUCUGCACCUUUGGUUGCAGCUCAGGUGGCUUCAGCCACCCACAAAGCUGGGCCUUAAGCUCUGCCGAAGUCUCAACGCAUGCAAGAAGCUGCGUGGAGAGGGGAUGCACGAUCAGACUGAGCUACCUGUUCAUAUGGCAGCAGGUGAGCAAACGGAGAGCUGCUGUGCCAGCCCUGUGUUUACUCAUGAGCUAGAGAAAGGUCGAUGAGCAAUGAAAGGAAGGGACAAGGCCCAUUUCCUGGUGCUUUGUUCUAUACUUUGCUGAGCUGAACGGGAGGAUAGCAAGGUCCCCUACAAAGGAGGAGGUACGUUGAGCAUGGAUAGAAGCGGGUUUAUGCACGUGGGAGCACUUAGUUUCAAAUGACAGGCUCCAAGUUGACUGUUACCACUCUGGGUGUUUGGGGUGAUGACUGACAGGUCCACACAAACAUGAGCUUUCAUGCUCAGGCGCCAUCAAAUGGCACAUCAGGAAGUAUUAGGAUGGGAGCAGAGGAGAAAAUGAAAACCAUUUUGCUGCCGUGAAGCUGCUGGUGCACCAAAACCCAAACCCUGCCCCCUUCAUUCCUAGAGUGCAGCAGAGCUGGAAAAGGUGCUGUGAAAGGCAGUGGGGCCUGGAGCACCUUCACCUCCAUUCCUCCAGCUGGAAACAGUGCCCAAGAGGGGUCAGGGCUGAGAUAAAACCACAGGAGGGGAGCUUCACUCUCUUCAAACAAAAGGAGUGUUACAUGAAGCCUGCAAAAGGCAGGUUGGGGUGGAACGGGGUUGUUUGUGUGCCGGGCAGCAGAGCUAGGAAGCUCCUUGCUGCAGGGGGUGGGGGUGCAGAGGGUUUACACUGGUUUUAGAGGAGAUGGGGCAGUUCUGGAGAAGAGGAAUCACACACUUCAGUCUCUCUGCUGGACUCUGGGUACCCUUUCACUGCUUUUUGCUUCGCAGCAUCACUGCGAGCAGGAUGGGUCAGUCCAGAACCUGUUUGCCACUGCAGCCCCUCCAGCUGCUUUCCCUUAUUCCUUCCUCUCCUUGGGGCAGAGCCGAGCGUGGGGACGAUCCCAGCCACCCAGCCAGGAGCUCCGGAGCAUGGGGAGGACAGAGACAAAAUCCCCCCCUGGAUAGGAGUGGGGCGGAGAAGAGCAGCCAUUCAGCCCUUCGCCCCAUCGUCUGCGUUCGUCUCCCGGGUUUUGGGACCACAUCUCCAUCCUCGGCUGCCGCCCACCUCUGAUGGGGACAAAAGAAGGGGGGGGGACAGCGGCAACGACCCGAGGGCUGCGGGGCUCCCUCCGCCACCUCCCGCUGCCGGGGACCCGCCCGCUGCCGGGGCCGCGCCGGCCUCCGCCCUUCCGCGGGGCUGGACCGGGCGGGGCUGAAUCGGAUCGGAUCGGAUCGAGUUGGAUCGGAUCGGGUUGGCUUGGAUCGGAUCGGAUCGGCUCGGAGCAGGUGCGGAGCUCCGGGGGCGCAGGGGCCGCCCGCGGCAGGUCUCCGAGCAGGGCAUCGCUGCCUCGGAGCCCUCGUCCUGCCGGAGAGCAGGGCCUGGUGCCUGCAGGAUGGCGAGAUGGCUGCCUCGCUCCGCGGACCUGACCCGCUUCUGCCAGAAACUCAACCGAGUGAAGACCUUGGAGGAUGACAUGAUGGAGACGUCCUUCAACAGAUGCCUUUCCACCAUCGACCUGACGCUGCUGGGCAUUGGGGGCAUGGUGGGCUCUGGGCUGUACGUCCUCACAGGCACCGUGGCCAAGGAGAUGGCUGGCCCCGCUGUCAUCGUCUCCUUCAUCAUCGCCGGCUUCGCCUCGCUCCUGGCUGCUCUCUGCUAUGCAGAGUUUGGGGCCCGGGUACCCAAGACGGGCUCUGCCUACAUGUUCACCUACGUGUCCGUGGGGGAGAUUUGGGCAUUUCUCAUCGGCUGGAACGUGCUGCUGGAGUACAUGAUCGGGGGCGCAGCGGUGGCCAGGGCCUGGAGCGGCUACCUGGACUCCAUCUUCAACCACAAAAUUAAGAACUUCACUGAGACCCACAUCGGCACCUGGCAGGUUCCCUUCCUAGCCCACUACCCGGACUUCCUGGCGGCCACCAUCCUGCUGGUGGCCACUGCCUUCAUUUCCUUUGGGGCCAAAGUGUCCUCCUGGCUCAACCACGUCUUCUCGGCUGUCAGCAUAGGCGUCAUCCUCUUCAUUCUCAUCAUGGGCUUUGUCCUCGCACAGCCCAAGAACUGGGGUGCCCAGGAGGGAGGCUUUGCCCCGUACGGAUUGUCAGGGAUCAUGGCUGGCACAGCCACCUGCUUCUACGCCUUCGUGGGCUUUGAUGUCAUCGCAGCCUCCAGUGAAGAAGCCAGGAACCCACAGAAGGCUGUCCCCAGGGCCAUAGCGUUCUCCUUGGGGUUGGCCACCGGCGCCUACAUCCUUGUGUCCAUGGUGCUGACGCUGAUGGUGCCCUGGCACACGCUGGACCCUGACUCUGCCCUGGCUGAUGCAUUUUACAGGAGAGGCUACUCCUGGGCGGGAUUUCUGGUGGCCACUGGCUCCAUCUGCGCAAUGAACACGGUCCUGCUGAGCAACCUCUUCUCCCUGCCACGCAUCGUCUACGCCAUGGCCGAGGACGGGCUCUUCUUCCAGGUCUUCUCCCGAGUGCACCCCCGCACGCAGGUGCCCGUCAUCGGCAUUGUGGUCUUCGGGUUCCUCAUGGCCCUGCUGGCCCUCGUCUUUGACCUGGAGGCCCUGGUGCAGUUCCUGUCCAUCGGCACGCUGCUUGCCUACACCUUUGUGGCUGCCAGCAUCAUUGUGCUGCGUUUCCAGCAGCAGAAGGCAGGCGCCCCCACGCAGCCCGCUGGCAGCCGGCCCAGCCCCGAGCCCCGCGAGGGCCCCGCCACCGGCGAGCUGAAGGAGUACGAGUCCUUCUCCGACAAGCUCCAGCUGGUGGAUAGAGACAAGAGCAAAGAGCACCGGGAGCCGGGGCAGCUGAAGGCAGCUUUCGAGCCCUACCUGGAGUUCCUCAGCGACUUCUACCCGGGCGAGGUGGUCACGGUGGCUGUGGUGACCCUGAUGGUGUCUGCCGUCUGCCUCUGCUCCAUCCUGGUGUUUGGCAACACCCACCUCCACCUGCCCACCUGGAGUUACUCCCUGCUGCUGGUCCUCUUCAGCCUGGGUUUCCUGCUCAGCCUCCUCCUCAUCUGGGUGCACGAGCAGCAGCGCAGCACGCAGACCUUCCAGAUCCCCCUGGUGCCCCUGUCCCCAGCACUGAGCAUCGUCCUCAAUAUCUAUCUCAUGCUGAAGCUCAGCUACGUGACGUGGCUUCGCUUCACAGUCUGGCUUAUUUUAGGCCUGCUCGUCUACUUUGGCUACGGCAUCUGGCACAGCAAGGAGAACCUGCGGGAGCCCCAGCUGCAGCGUGUCAGCGCCCACUACGUGGUGUUCCCCAGUGGCAGCCUGGAGGAGACGGUGCAAGCGGUCCAGCCCAGCCCUCAGCCCGCUGCUGGGCUGCCAGACACGGACACCGAUGAGGCCAAGAGAUGACGCCCCAGGGGAGGGGGCAGCUGGGUGGCCACAGCUCUGGAAGCGCCUGCCCCCACCCCACGACAAAGCCAGGGACCCCCUUCUGCCUGGUCCCCUGGGUGCGUGGCUCCAUCCAGGGAGGGCACGGGGACACUCGCCCUUCCCCGUGUGCUUACUGCAGAGUGUGGGGGGCUGGCUGCCUCCGUCCCCAGCCCUGGAACCGUGGCUCUUGGCCCCCAAAACCUAGUGCCUGCCAUGCCCACGGGGAGCCUCGUACCUGCCGCCGUCCCCUGCGCGCACCCAGGGGCCGUGCAGCAAAUCUCCCUUCUGCUGGCCCGUCCCCACAGCCCUGCACGGCCAGGGACACCGGGGCUGGGCCAGACAGCCCCGUGCUGCCCAUCCCAGGUCUGAUCCUGGUUCUUUCUGCAGCCCUGUGCUACCUGCAGCAGGAGCUGGCUGUCCCCUUGGCUGCCCCCACCUCUCCAGGGGCUGCUCUCCUGAAAUACCAGGGCUGCGGGGGCUGCAAGGAGCGGCUGGGGCUGUGUGAGCUGGAGACGGGCUGUGGCAGGGUGCAGGCACCUCCUUCCUAGCCAGGACCAUGGCAAAGCCAGCGUGGCUUGCAUGGUAGGAGCCCUGCUGCCUCUUCCCAGCUGCUGGUGCCUGCUGGUUUGGGGUGUGCUGGAGGCUGGCGGCUGCACUGGGCAGACUGGGAGCCCGAUUCCAAGGUCCUGUCGGGACAGACUUUUGCCCGGCCCUACAGGAGGGAUGGGCGCUCAGGAUCUUGUCCCCUGAGGUGCCAGCAACCUCCUUGGGAGCCUCCCAGCUCCCCCCUUCCUCUGCGCUCCAGCAGCUCAUCCUACACCAUCACCUGCAUGGGCGCAGGCACUGCCUUUUGCUGGCUCCUGGUGGCUCAGGAAGGGCUCUGGGGGCGCUUUUUGGUGUCAUCUCCUGCCCUGCACAUGUCCCUGAGCGGUGGUGUUGGUGGUAGGGGGUCCCAGCACCCACCUGGCGAGGAUGCUGUACUGGGCAAUCCCUGCCUGAAGCUGAAGGUAUCGGGGUUUUGGCAUGUUUUGAAAGAGGCUGCUGAUCCGCCAGGCCUCCAGCAUGCACACCCUGCCCUGCCCUGCUGUAGGGUGGGUGUGCAGCAUCCCCUGCAUCCCCCCAUGGGGUCAGCCCUGCCCUGGCAGGGAGCUGGUUCCCAUUGCUCAUCCCAUCACACCCAGGGGUGCAGGGGCUCUGUGCAAUCUGAUGGCUCCUCGGUGACCCCCCCCCCUCAAUGGCACAAAUCUGUUGGCCCUGCCCAUGUCCUGCUUGCCCCCUGCGCUGUCGCUGCUGCCGUGGGGGGGGGGCUGCUGUGUCCCCACCGUGCUGCAGCCCUGCUUGGCACCUCUGUGUAGUGGCUUGUGAGCAAUGGGCUGACUCAGUCACCCUCAUAAACACUGGUUCUGCAAUGGCUCUGUGUGUGUGUGCUGUAUGUCCCCCCAUAGCCCGCCUCUGGAAGCUGCUCCCCCAGCAGGAAAGCCCCCAGAAGCUUGGGCAAGGGGAGUUUUGCACCACCUGUGAGAGCCUGAACCCCUUUCUCAGCUGCAAGGACGAUGCUGAGCAGGGAAGUGUCUUGGCACCAAGGCAGAGGCUUUAAUGCUGCCAAAAGUCAUGACCCGAGCUGAUGAGAGAACUUGUGAAUCAGUGUAAAUAAUGUGAAUUAAAAAGUCACAAGAUAGCCUGUCUGGCCCCAGCCUCACCAUCGUUCGCUAGUGAAGCUCCUUUCCCUGAUAAGAAAGUGACUCUUAAUUUAAAAAAAUAAAUAAAUAUUCAGCAGCUAUCUGGGGAGGCAGAUAGCUUUAAGUCUCCUUA